AUGCCGCCGUGCCAGUGCUUGGGGUCCGGCUCAGACUCAGGUCAGGCUCAGGCAGAGCAGGCAGAGCAGGCAGAGCAGGCAGAGCAGGCAGAGCAGGCAGAGCAGGCAGAGCAGGCAGAGCAGGCAGAGGUUAGGUUGGUAGAAUUCUGGGGCAGCGCAACGAAGGCUGUCACGCUGUAUGCCAGUGCCAUUGUAAAUUAUCGCUCCCCACUCUUUUCUCUCUUCCUGUAUCAAAACAUCUUCCAGCUAGAAUGGCGUCGACGUCCAUUUCUGGCCUGCCAGACGACUUGAUCCAGGAAGAGUUCAGCUAUGGCGAUCACGACCUGCAAACGUUGACGGUCGUGCAGCCAAGGGAGAAGGGCUUGUGGAACGACCAUGGCCGGUGGAUAGUGUGAGUGGUUACAUUUUCCUGCUGCUACUGCUGCUGCUGCGAGUACGAGAGUACUUCUAUUAUCAACCCUGCCCCGCAACCUCUUCACUAUUCUCUCUCCUCUCUCCUCCCUCCUCUAACACUGCUGCCCAAAAAGAUACAUCCACGGCGGUGCCUGGCGCGAUCCUUUGGUCACCGAUAAAUCCAUCUACCCCACCAUCCAACAUCUGCUGGAGGACUCGACGAAAAAGGAGCUGCUGCUGAGCCAUAUCGCCGGGAUUGCUUCCAUCUCAUACCGUCUCUCCCCUCACCCAGAUUACCCCCAGGACGAAACCACUCCCCCCAACGAAUUGCGCGAUGCCAAACACCCAGAUCACCUCGAAGAUGUCCUUACCUCGAUCGAAUUUCUACAAUCCAAAUACGAAUUCGGGGAAAAUUAUAUUCUCAUGGGACAUUCGUGCGGGGCAACACUGGCACUGCACACCCUGAUGCAGCAAGACAUUCUAGGAGAACCUGAAUCACGACUCUCCAAUUACCCCUCGAUCGUCGUCGGCGUCUCAGGAAUCUACGACAUGAGCCUCCUGUGCGAAAACCACUCAGAAAUCCCCGCCUACCGCGACUUCACCAUUGGCGCAUUCGGCGACGACCCCAAAACCUGGGACCGUCUCUCGCCCGCCAAAUUCGCCGACUUCACCAAAUACUUCCCCGCGGACGGGAAGCUCUUCCUCUUCCACUCGAUAGGAGACGAAUUGAUAGACGUGGCCCAAAUCGACGCCAUGAAGGACCGGUUCCGGCGGUCGUGCGCCGAGGUACCCUUGGAAGUUUCCAAGGAGAUGCUGAAUGAUGAACAUGAUGAGAUCUGGGCGAGGGGCACGGGAAUGGCGAAAGUGGUUGUCAUGGUCUUGGAGAGUUCAUGAUGAAUUUUUGGAUGAUGAUGAUGAUCCGCCCCCGGGCUUUUUUACUUUUUUAAUCUACAUACCUACCUAUAUCUACUGUAGUCAAGUGGCUUCACAUCUAAUGCACCCACACACAUUGGACUCGAAUCCUUCAAUGUUGCCUGUUAUAUCGCUAGUUCUUCCGAAAUGGCGGACAUGGCAUCUCUCGUUUGUUGGGUGUAGAACAUGCUGCUAAGUUCUAUCAUCUUCCUCGACAUGUCAACUUCUUCGACCAUCGAUCGAUGUCCGUCCUCUACGCCAACAUGACAGACAAGACUAGGAACCCA